UUGAAAACCAACAACCAUCAAGUUAACUCAGUCGCCAUUUAUACACUAAUUAGUUGUUCUACAAAAUGUCCCUGCUUUCAGUUUCAGGGAUUCCUUCCCAAACCCAGAAUCCAAGUAUUUCUAUUGUAAAACGCCCGUUGGCAACUUUUCACCCAAGCAUUUGGGGAGAUCAUUUCAUCUCUUAUAAUAGCAAGUCCAUGGAGAUUUCCUCUGAGAGCUUGGAGAAAGUUCAAAGGCUGAAAGAAAAAGUGCAGAGCUUGCUGAUGGCUCCCGUCGAUGAUAUAUCACAAAAGUUGGAGCUGAUUGAUGCGAUCCAACGCUUAGGCGUGUCUUACCAUUUUGAAAGUGAGAUUGAUACCAUACUCCAACAAAUUCACAACAAUGAUGACGACACUGGAGACUCUGACGACCUCUACACUGUUUCUCUCCGUUUUAGUUUACUGAGGCAGCAGGGUUAUAACACUCCGAGUGAUGUUUUCAGCAAGUUUAAGGACAGUGAAGGGAACUUCAAGGAAUCAAUUAUUCACGAUGUGCGAGGUAUUUUAAGCCUUUAUGAAGCUUCGCAUAUCAGGGUGCGUGGAGAAGAUAUACUUGAUGGAGCACUUCAUUUUACUACAACGCAACUCGAGUCGAUGGUGAGUAAUUUAAACCCUUCUGUUGCUGCACAAGUGCGUCGUGCCUUAGAGCGGCCGCUUCGAAAAUGGAUGCCAAGGUUAGAGGCGAGACAUUGUUUUUCUACCUACCCAGAAACUGCUUCAUUUAAUGAAGUUGUUCACAACUUCGCUAAGUUGGAUUUUAACAUACUACAACGGCUACACCAGAAGGAAGUUUCCGAGCUCUCGAGGCGGUGGAAAGAAGAUUUAGGGGUCCCGGAAAAGAUAUCGUAUGUCCGAGAUAGAGUGGUGGAGUUGUACUUCAUGUGGAUUUUGGGACCGUACUUUGAACCCCAAUAUUCUCAUGGGAGGAUGAUGCUUGGCAAAGUGGCCUCCGUGGUCUCAAUAAUGGAUGAUACAUAUGAUGCCUAUGGUACAUUUGAAGAGCUUAAACUCUUUACAGAUGCAAUUAUAAGGUUAACUUAAGGCUCUUCU